GAACGAACUAGAGCUGUUUCUGUAAUAUCUGUUUCAAAUUUUAUUGGUUUGGUAAUCACCAUGCCAAUUUCAAAUUUAUUAGGUUCUAGUCAGUUUGGUUGGGAAAGUAUUUUUUGGGUAUUCUCAAUUAUUGGUUUUAUUUGGUUGAUUUUUUGGCAUUUUUACGGGAAAAGCGAUCCCAGAGAUUAUUCAGGAAUCAAUAAAGAUGAAUUAGAUUGGAUUUUGGAAAAUAAUUCCAUUAGAAAACCGACUAAUAAAUCGACUGAUUGUCUGGAAAAUGAAAUAGGUCCCUAUCUAUCAUGUUCAAAUGAAUAUGUUACUCUUUCUGAUGACAAUCUUGAUCUUCCUCAAAGUGAAAAUAAUAUGUUAUUAUCAAAAGAUCAAAUAUCAUCAAGAUCACAUAGAAUACAUAAAAUUUCUUUGAAAUUAUUACUUUCUCGUCGUGAAGUGUGGGCAAUUAUGAUUG